UGUGCAACAUUGUCAUUCUUUUGUUCAGAUUACUGCCGAAGCACGACUGAGCCUCCACGGACCACAGCUCAGCCCUCGUGUCGCUACAACUGCGGCGGACACAUGGGAAGCUGCUCCUGCUCCAGCUCAUGCCAGUACUAUGGCAACUGUUGCCGUGACUACUACAAUUACUGCCAAAGCACGACUGAGCCUCCACGGACCACAGCUCAGCCCUCGUGUCGCUACAACUGCGGCGGACACAUGGGAAGCUGCUCCUGCUCCAGCUCAUGCCAGUACUAUGGCAACUGUUGCCGUGACUACUACUCACAGUGCUCUACCACUACUGAGGUGCCGACAACGGACCAGCCGUGUGGAGGGUCCAUGUUUGGAUCUGGUAUCUUCUCCAGUCCCAAUCACCCUGGGUACUACCAGAACAAUGCCUACUGCGUGUGGAAUAUCAGAUCCUCGCCGAGCCAGAGAGUCCUGCUGGAGUUCCCGUACCUGCAACUGGAGAGCUGCUGUCGCUGCGACUACAUUUCAGUCUACGACGGUCCGUCCGUCAACUCCCCGUAUCUGGGAAAAGCGUGCGAGAACGCCUCCAACGUCUUCUACUCCACCUCUAGCCACAUGACUGUGGUAUUUCGGAGCGACGGCUCGGGAAGCGGGAGAGGAUUCAGGGCGGAGUUCAACAGCGCUCUGCCGCAGAACUCGGGUAAAGUAAACUGUUCUUCGAAUGACAUGACCAUCGUGAUCGGGAGGAAAUACCUCAACUCGUUGGGCUACGACGGCCACAGUCUCUAUCUCAACAACCAGAACUGCAGACCCAUUGUUUAUGCAAACGAGGUGGUCUUCAGUUUCGGCGUCAACAGUUGUGGUACCAGUCGAAAGUUUGAGAACGGCAGAGUGGUGUACACCAACGCCGUCCGCGCCUACACGUCCAGCUUCGGUGACAUCACUCGCAUGGCCAACUUAAAAAUCAACGUGGUCUGUCGGAUGGAUCAAGACUCGGUGGCGCAGUUUAUGUACCUGGCGCAGAAUCACGACAACACCACUAUCACAGGGACGGGAAAGUUCAACACUUCCGUGGAUUUCUACACACACAGCAACUUCUACUAUAAGGUGACAGAAUUCCCAUACAAAGUGUCUCUCAACCAAGAUCUGUACGUCCAGGUGGACCUAGGGGGCGGAGACAGCUCCCUUGUCAUUUUCCUGGACACCUGUGUGGCCUCACCAUCACCUUAUGACUUCCACAGUACAACCUACAGCCUGCUCCGUAAUGGGUGUCCUGUCGACAACACCUAUCAGUCCUACUCCAGUGGCUCCACCCGCUACGCUCGCUUCUCAUUCAAGGCCUUCCAGUUCCUGCGAAGCGUCGAGAAGGUCUACCUCCAGUGCAAGGUCCUGAUUUGUCAAAGCAACGACUGGAACUCUCGCUGCCGCCGGGGCUGCCUCAAACGCAAGGCCAGGGACGUCGGCGCCGAACACGAGAGCCGGACUCUGGUCCUGGGUCCCAUCCAGCUCGUAGACAAGCCCGGCAAAAAGGAAGAGGAGGCUGCAAAAGAGGAUCAAGUUUAAUUUGAUCAGUUCAACUCAUUCUAGUUAUAAACAUUGUUUAAUAAACAUACUCACCCUUUGUAUACGUCACAAUACCUGAUUAAAAGCUGCAUCAA